ACUUGUCACCGCCACGCAGUCAACAUGAUGGAAGGAAGGCAAGAAAUAAAAAGACACUCUCCCUCCAAAACAAAACAAAACAAAACCAAACCAAACAAAAAGACAAUUUCCACAACGCUCAAAACACGACUUUCUUCUCCGAUCAUUUUUUGUCUCUCUGUUUUUGUCGAAGAUAUGCCACAAGUGGAUCUUGAAACCCUAGUUUCAGCCUGCGCCGGCGGAGUUUCUUGUGAUAAUAAGAUCGCUUGCGAAACCUUAGCGACCGACAAAGACGAUAAUAACAACCCCGUUAAUCAACGCCCCGAUCAACCUCAGAUUCCGCCCGAUUCGCCUCCCGAAUCUUUUUGCCUCUCUAAAGACGCUGAGUUAGACUGGUUUGAUCGAAACGCCUUCUAUGAACGUAAGGAAUCUCAGAAAGGUAAUUCAAACUCAAACUCAACCUAUCUUAAUCCCAAUCCGAGUUCAACUUCACAGAGAUUUGCCACCACUUUGAAGACCAAACCCUCCAUUAUCGGCCUGCCUAAGCCGCAAAAGACGAUUGUUGAUACUAAAUUGAAGCGGAAUUGUAAACCGGCAAACACCCCUUGGUUUCCAAAACGCUCCGGUUCGACUCUCAAAUCGGAUGCUACGCUCGCCGAGCCGUCUUCUCCCAAGGUUUCUUGCAUGGGAAGAGUUAGAUCCAAGAGGGAUCGCCGUAGAUUGAAGAACCGCCAACGCUCUGCCUCUGAAUCAGGAACUGCUAAAAGCAAACAUGAAAAAAGAGAAAAAACCGGGCUUCUCUCCAAAUUUCGGUCAAUUUUCGGAUCCGGUUUAAAAAAAGGAACGAAGAGUGAAACUAAAUCUGGGGACUUGAGAGAGUCACCAUCAAUGAAUGGCGGGAAAGUCAUGAGUCAUGAUAUAAGGGAGCGUUUACCGCCGGGUGACAAAGACGCGCUGCCGAGGAAGAGUGAAGCGCGUAGGAGCGUGGAUAGCGAACCGGUGGGUUUAGGUGGAAUGAAGCGGUUCACCUCUGGUAGGAGAUCUGAUGCAUGGGCGGAUGACGUGGUGUGACGUGGAUGGUUGGAUUUGUAUUUCGUGUGGAUUAGGGCAAGUGAGAAAGUGGGGUCCAGAUAUUUUCCGGUGGUGAUGGGGUGUCAAUUGGGGCCCGCUUCCAUUUUUAAAUGGUCGUUGCAAUGGAUGAAUGAAAUGAAUAACGGUAAAAACAAGGUAAAUUACAUUUUCCACAAUUUUAUAGUUUUGUUUUCCAAAUUAUCAAGGGUUUGUAAAUAGAAUAGAGAGUCCUCUGUUUUUGUCUUUUUUGGGAAUGACUUGUAAAUUGUGUUGAAAUAAAAUUUUGAGAGAAUAUGGAUGCAUAAAAUGGAUUUUGAA